UUAACCUUAAAUGUAAACACUUGCUUGUUGUUUGAUGCUUGCUGUAAGUUGCGGGAUUGAUAUUGAUACCACGUGUUGAAGUGUAGUUUGAAUUUUGUUAGUAGUUGCAUUAAUUUCGAAAUGGCUGACGAUUUGGAACAAAAAAUUAUCAAACAAGUAGAAUACUACUUUGGAGAUAUUAAUUUACCACGUGAUAAAUUCUUAAAAGCCAAGACAGAGGAAGAUGAUGGCUGGGUUACUCUGGAAGUUUUACUUAGUUUUAAAAGAUUGGCUAGUUUAUCUGAAGACCCUGAAGUAAUCGCCAAUGCUUUGAAGAAAUCUGAAAAUGGAUUACUAGAAAUAAGUGAAGACAACAAAAAAGUGAGAAGAAAUCCUGAGAAAACAGUUCCUGAAAUGAAUGAGACACGUAAAAGAGAACUUUCUAAACGUACAGCUUAUGCCAAAGGAUUUCCUUCAGAUGAAGAACUCCCUGAAAUUCUCAAUUUCCUAGAAUCUCAUGGACCAAUUGAAUCAUGUAUUAAAAGGUCUUACAAAAAAGAUGAUGAAUAUAUAUUCAAAGGUUCCUGUUUCAUCAUAUUCAAAGAUGUUGAAACUUGCAAAAAAUUUGUUGAAGCAGAAGAAAUCAAAUAUAAGGACGUCAAUUUAAUUCGUAAAUGGCAGGAGGAUUAUUAUAAAGAAAAACGUGCUGAAAUAGAAGAGACUAAAAAGAGUAAUAAAGAAAAGAAACUUGCUAAACAGCAAGAACAAGAAGAUGAGAAGUCCAAAAAAACUAUUGAAUUUCCUAAGGGUGCAACUCUUUUCUUCAGUGGAAUUCAAGAAGGGACAACUAUCACAAGAGAACAAAUCAAAGAUAAGUUGAGGGAAAUCGCUGAUAUUGGAAAUCCUUUCAUUGAUUUCAACAGAGGAGAUGUACAAGGCUACGUCAGAUUACCCAAGGAAAACGAUGCUGUUGAACUUAUCAAAAAAUUGGAAGAUAAUGAAUUGGAAGUUGGUGAGGCUAAAUUGAAAUUGAAAGUGCUAGAGGGAGAAGAGGAAGAAGAGCAUAUGAAGAAGUCUGCUGAGGCUAUCACCCAAAUAAGGAAAUCCCACAAGUUUAAUAAGUUUGGAAAGAAGAGGAAGGGUGGAAACUUUGGUAGCAACAACAGGAAAAAAGCAAAAGUAGAGAAAAGCGAUGACUAAUCUUUUAUCAAGUUUUUACAUAAUAUUAUUGUUGAUUGAAUUCUCCAGAAUGUAUAUUAUUCUGUGUUUAAUAUUAUAAUGUAAAUUAUGUAGUUUACAUAUUUGACAGUAUGGCAUAAAAUAAACUAUUAUUUUAUAA